ACCCGACCCUAACGCGUUGUCGCACCUGCAAAGCCCUUAUCAUUUCUUUAAUGUCAUAAUUAUUACUCGGUUGCCUUGCAUUUCCCUAUCAUCCUAACCCUCUGCUCCUCCAAGCCACUCCGUCAUCGCUGUCGCGAUGUUCUAUUCCGAGACUUUGCUUCAGAAGACAGGGCCUCUGGCCCGAGUCUGGCUGUCAGCAAACUUGGAGCGCAAACUCUCCAAAACUCACAUUCUGCAAUCCAAUCUGCCUGACAGUGUCGAUGCCAUCAUCACUCCUAACCAAGCGCCGAUGGCGCUCCGCUUAAGUGGUCAGCUCUUACUUGGUGUUGUCCGAAUCUACAGUCGGAAGGCCCGCUAUCUUCUGGAUGAUUGCAACGAAGCUCUGCUCAAGAUUAAAAUGGCUUUUCGUUCUACUGGAAACAAUGAUAUACCGGAGAAUUUGAAUAUGCCAAAUCGGGAGGCAUUGAUGCUUCCUGAUCGUAUUACCCCUGCCGACAACUUAAACAUUUUACCACCACCAGAUGCCAAUUGGUUGCUCGGCCAGAUGGAAGAUGUGAACGCCCCCCAGAGUAGCGCGGGCUCUCGAGGCCGUGGCCGACCGAGCAAUCGCGAUAUCAACUUGCAAGAGGAUUUCAACAAUAGUCAGUUUUUACACGAAGAUCAUAUGGAUGAGGACGAGGUAGCACUUGCUCCUAUGGACGACUUGGAGUUAGACCUGGAUUUUGGAAUGGAUAUCGACGAGCGACCCCGAGGGGACAAGAGUAUCGAGAUGGGUCGAGACGCACCUGCACCUCGAGCGGUUGAAGAUGAUAUCUUUAGCGAGCUAGAUGUUGCGCCACUGGCAAAGGGCGCGGGCCGUGAGCCAUCGCUGACUCUCGACUUUGGAGACGAUAAUGUUAGGAUCGCGGACGGGGAUGGUGAUAUUCCGAUGGACGAUGAUUUCCAGUUUAAUAUUGGAGAUCAGUCAGUAGCGCCUGAGAUGGGUGGUGCUCUUGGCCUCGAUCGAGCUCGCAUUUCGGAGUCUCCUCUUUCUGAUAUCGACGAGAACGUAGCCCGGGAUGUAGAGGAGUGGACGCGUCUGAACAACACCAGCAUCUACGAACCGGGCCAAGAACCCGAGGAGCCUGAACCCCAUCCUCAGAAGAGGUCAAAGAAGCGCAAGAUAUUUGGGCUGGACCCAUCUACUCAGCUUACUAGCGCGCACAUCAAAGAACAGCAACAGAGCCACGAAAAUAUUCUGAAGGCACCCACCUUUAUCUCGCGAGAUCCUUAUUUCCUAGCCCUAAUUGAGCUUAAGAACAGCGGCAGUUUUGUGUCUAGCAUCAUGGGCGACGCCCGUAGCAAAGCCUGGGCUCCGGAAUUGAGGGGACUGCUAUCACUUGAUUCUAUCAGACCAAUCAAUGACCUAAAGCGAAAGAGAGAUAGCGGUGUUGCUGAUGUUGGCGAAGAAGAGGACCAAGGAGCAUCUAAAUCGCCUCGCUUGGACAUAGGUGACGACGACGACGGACUAGUUGUCGCCGGCGCAGGCCUGGGUGAUCGCAGCGUUGCCCCCGAUGGCACUAUCCUUGAGAUUCCCGCAGACGACACUAUCGUACACCAAGACGACGAUGACGAUCAUCAGCCACGUGAAGGAAGCCCAAUGCCGGCGUUUGACGAGACCACAGCCCCUAUAGUACACCCCGCUGAUAGUGGCCCAGUCUCCAUGGGUACGAAACAUGCGGUCCACGUACUUCGAGAUCUGUUCGGCGAAGAGGCAGCUACCAAUGAAGAGAAGAGGAAGAAGUCGGUAGUAUUCCAGGACCUUCUCCCCGAAGGGAGAACCUCCAAGGCGGACGCUACGAAGAUGUUCUUUGAAUGCUUAGUGUUAGCAACCAAGGAUGCCAUCAAAGUCGAGCAGAAAGAAGGUACGCUCGGCGGUCCUAUUCGGGUCAGAGGAAAGCGUGGUCUAUGGGGAGCCUGGGCCGAGACAGAAGCUGGCGGAGAAAUUGCGAACCAAGAACAAGCACCGCAAGCCGACCAACCCGAGCCUGCUAUCGCCACGCCUUCUCGAGCUGUAGCGGCGGCAGCAUGAUUGCUUAUUGCUUAUUACCGGGUAAUUGGUGAUCGUGGUGAUAAAGAUGAAGUAAUGGUUCAUGUAUAUACUUCGCUGCACUUGUUGGGAUAUUCCCGAGCGGUUCUAACAAACAUAGUCUAACGGUGUCACGGCGCAUGGGAGAUACGGGGCUAGGAAGAUACCAACAGCCGCGGGCGUAUUGGUCGUCAAAAUCAUGAUGGGAGUUUCAUUCGGGUCGGGCUGGGUUGGUUGCAUUCUGAUUAUGAUUUAGCCUUAGAUAGCUCCCGGGCGACAGAGUCUGAUAUUACUGAGUUAAUACAUCGCAAAAGCGUUGUUUUCAAACGAGUUCAAGUUCGUAUGUAGUAUAGGUAGUUAUGCGGAUAUCAGUAACUACGUUUUGAAUAUUAUAUGGUAAAUAAUUAGUGAUGUAAAUAGCUUA